AUGGAUGAGGUCCAACCAACCUUGUGGCUGCGUUUGUCUGAUCAAGCGCUAUGGUGGCUGGAUGGAUGGUGUGAAAUUCACAUGGCAUGCGAUGGAGAUUUGCAGCAGGAAGUCCUCCGGAAGACGCUCGACGAAGUAGCUUGUGACGCUACCAAUGAUCAUGCCACCCCCUGUGUGAUAUGCCUGGAGCAAGUGCGGGACGUUGGAGUCACGAUACCUUGCAAGCACAGAAACUUCGACUUCCUAUGCCUUGUGAGUUGGCUGCAGCAGCGGAGAGCUUGUCCGCUAUGUCAAACUGGAAUAACGGGAGUAAAAUACAAUCUCCAGGCGCCGAAAGGCCCGGAAAUAUUUUAUUUGCCUUCUUCAAGAGAAGAACAGAACUCCAGUACUCGUCAUCCAUCUACACGACAGCGUCCAAAUUCGCGCCCAGAGCGUCGGUCUGGCAGGCGAAUAUCUUCUUUCCGACAUCCUCUCCAACAGCCCGACGAUCCUUUAGGCCGUCGGCGUUAUAUUUAUCGACGACAGCUAUACUCCCAGCAUGUCGGUUCAAAUCGACUAUCACAGUACCGUGAGUUCACUCCACAGCUAUUCAACAGGGAUGAGAACCUGGUAUCCCGCGCCAGGAAGUGGGUACGAAGAGAGCUACAAGUAUUUGAAUUUCUCGAUCCAGAUAAUGCCGACAUACAGGGUGGAGGAGAGCAGCAGAAUAAUAACGACUCCGUAAGAACUCGUCGGGCGCGCAAUGCAGAAUUUUUACUGGAGUAUAUCAUUGCGAUACUGCGAACAGUUGAUAUCAAAGGAAGCGGUGGACAAGCAGAGGAAUUAUUGCAGGAAUUCAUUGGAAGAGAGAACGCACGAUUAUUUCUACAUGAACUACAAGCGUGGUUGCGCAGUCCUUUUAAUUCGUUGCAAGAUUGGGAUAGAGCAGUGCAGUAUGAUGAACGUGCGCAACCCACUUUGCCAACGAUUCAUCGUCGAGAGCUCGACACCCAUCGAGAAGACAGAAGCAGAUCUCGGUCCUACAUGGACCGGACACAUAGGAAUGAGUCGCGAGGGUUACGAAAACACAGAAUGCAGGACCCUCGACCUGACCUUGCCCAGGUGAGGAGGGUUGAGCGCGCCAGGCGACUGUAUCAGCCUGACUGA